UUUGAUCAACAUUAUUACGCAAAUAAAAGGCAUCGCUGGGCUUCUGACCACCAUUAUCACCAACGGGAAUCUUUGAGAGGCUGGAUCACAAAAAACUCUUGGGUUCGCGAUCUCGACUGGCCCACUCACAAACCUGUUUAUGCAAGCGAAAAAAUCCUUCGUCAAUGUCCUGCAUGUCAUGCAUACAGACAUAUCAAGUUGUGGUGGCAGGACAAGAAGACGGAUGACUUUCUUUGCCAUCCAUGUUUUACCAACGACUGGUCAAGAGCCCUGCCAAUUGGUUACGAGGACAAGGUUUUUGGCCGUCGAAAAUCCUCCGAGACCAAGUCUGGAAGCACGUCCAAACCCGAGCCUUGA